GGGGGUGUCUGUUUUUACGUCUGGUUGCGUAGGAAAGAUCAUGGCGGAUGGAGACUGAUAUCUCCCCCUUCUCUGCCAAAGCCCGGGAGAAAAAAAAUUGAAUAAGCAAAGGGAGUGGAUGCUUCUUGGCCCCUUUGCUUUCUCCAUCCUAUGGUUGCAAGUCGUACACUACCUUACUGCUGGGCAUCUGGUGAAACUAAGGAGCUCCAUGGAAACAUAACACGGGACCCGCUUCUUGUCAUCCUCCAAAAAUUUAAUCUCGGUACCUGCUGUUUAUAGGACCAUAACUUGUCAGUCGAGUUUACAUGUCAGCUGUGUGACUCCAUCUUGAAGACUUGAGGACUGUCUCCUUAAGGAAUUAUAGUAUUACCUUGCUCCUGGAGUCAUGAAGAAACCUGGGCAUCUGAGGGCAUCAGACUGGAAGGACGGUAGGAGACAUGGCCGACCAGCAGACAUGCACACGCAUCAAGGCACAGCUCAGCAACCCUGAAAGUGAUUUGUCAAAUCUACUGAACAAAGCUCCCUCCCCAUACAGUCACUUCAGUUGGGAAAAAUAUCUGAAGGAGACUGGAUCUCAACCAGCACCUCCUCACUGCUUCAGACAGUCCUGUUCUCCACCAUCCAAUGAUUUCAAGAUUGGAAUGAAGUUAGAAGCCCAGGACCCAAGAAAUACAACGUCCACUUGCAUCGCCUCUGUGGUAGGCCUCACAGGAGCACGACUUAGACUGCGUCUUGAUGGAAGUGACAACAAAAAUGAUUUCUGGAGAUUGGUGGAUUCAUCAGAGAUCCAACCCAUUGGCACAUGUGAAAAGAGUGGGGGCAUGCUGCAGCCUCCCCUAGGUUUUAGACUUAAUGCCUCCUCUUGGCCUAUGUUCCUCCUGAAGACACUAAACGGAGCUGAGAUGGCACCAGCUAAAAUAUUCCACAAGGAACCUUCUUCUCCAACUCAAAACAAUUUUGAGAUUGGCAUGAAGCUGGAGGCAGUAGACAGAAAAAACCCUCACUUUAUUUGCCCGGCCACCAUUGGGGAGGUGAGGGGCAGCGAGAUUCUUGUGACUUUUGAUGGAUGGAGAGGGGCUUUUGACUAUUGGUGCCGAUAUGACUCCAGGGAUAUCUUUCCAGUGGGAUGGUGUUCUCUGACUGGUGACAACCUUCAGCCUCCUGGCACUAAAGUGGCUAUUCCUAAAAGUCCAGCUCCGGCUGCAGGUAUCGCCUCUGGUAUAUUGCGAGGCCCUAAAACCUUGCUACCUGGUGUUCCAGGGUGUAGACGUCGAAAGCCGGGAAGGAAGAAGGGACAGCUGCCUAAAGCUCUAGCACAUCAGUUGACAGGUCAACCCCCAAAACUUUGUGAACCUUUCCGUUUUCCCAAGAAGAGAGGCCCCAAGCCUGGAAGCAAGAGAAAGCCACGACUUCUGCUAAACCAGGUCCCUACUUCCCCCACAAACAGCACCCCAGAACCAGAUACAAGCACUGUACCCCAAGAUGCUGCCACCAUUCCAUGUGCUGCAAUGCAGGCACCCACAGUUUGCAUUUAUCUCAACAAGAAUGGAGAUUCUGGCCCUCACCUUGACCGAAAGAAAGUUCAGCACCUUCCAGAUCACUUUGGACCAGCACGGGCAUCUGUUGUCCUGCAGCAAGCAGUUCAAGCCUGCAUAGACUGUGCUUACCAUCAGAAAACUGUGUUUAGUUUUCUAAAGCAGGGUCAUGGAGGGGAAGUUAUUUCUGCGGUAUUUGAGAGGGAGCAGCACACACUGAACCUCCCAGCAGUAAACAGUAUUGUGUACGUUCUUCGCUUUCUGGAGAAGCUUUGCCGGAACCUGCGUAGCGACAACUUAUUUGGAAACCAGCCCUUCACUCAGAAUCCUGCACCACAGGCAGGAUCCUAUGAGAAUGACCGGUAUUUAACAGAAAGGUGUAAUUUUGAAGGCAGUGUCCAUGGUCCUGGUAGAGGAUCCAAGAGAUACUCUCAAGAAAUACCUCCAUAUAAUGCCCCUCUGUGUCCCAAAGUACCAAAGAAUGAUUGCCAUGCAUCAGAAGGAGAAACAUUCUUGAACGAUGCUGGACUCCCAGGGUCAAUGGAGCAGCGCCUGGGUCCUGCAGAAUCUCCUUGUAGCCCAAACACAUGUAGAGUCCCUAAGGAAUAUCGGCCUCCUUCCUUUCGGAGUCACCACCAGCCUAGCAGCCUGUCUCAAGGAACUGUACGCCGGUUGAGCUCAGGUGAUUCUGAGAGGGGUGCAAAUAGUCGGCCGGGAUCUCGUGACCCAUCUUUAUGGAACAUGGAAGAUGUUAUGCAAUUUAUCAGAGAAGCAGACCCACAGCUAGGAUCACAUGCUGAGCUCUUCCGUAAACAUGAAAUUGAUGGAAAAGCCUUGCUCUUGCUGCGAAGUGAUGUUAUGAUGAAAUAUAUGGGUCUGAAGUUGGGUCCUGCUCUAAAGCUGUCUCACCACAUAGAUAAACUGAAGCAAGGGAAGUUCUGACCAAGACGUUUUGUCCAGCUGGCACAGACCUUUAAAUGAUCAUGCAUUGGACUCUGAUGUCUCAGUAACUUCGCAAAAAAAGUCACCAUGAGAGGACUAUGGCUCAAAGCCCCGGAGGCCCCAUUCUGGGGGUUUAUGUAUGUUGCUGACAACUGAAACGUUUCUUACCAAUAAGAAUUUCUCCAAUCUGUGAACUUGUCCUUGAUAUUUCACAAUAAGGGGAGCAGAAAGAUGAAGGCAUUACAUUUAAAUUGGGCUGUAGGUUAUCCUACUCCCUUAUGUACUUUGAAUUAAUCCAAACAAUACUUUUCUUAUCUUAUAUAGCACUGGCAGUGCACACAGCGCUGUACCUUGUAGAAUAAAAGAGGCACAAUGAAUUAUUGGCCACAAAAGCUUGCAAUC